UCGAAUAAAAUAUGAGUAAACAUUUCUGAUAUGGGGUAAAUAUAUGCUUCGGAGUGAAUUUUACAGAGCGUUGGCUGGCCGUGUUUGGUUAAUGCACACCUGCUGCACGUGCGUUUGGCGAUUAGUUCUCAUGGGAAAUUGAUGUGUAUUACUCCGCUCUGCCUUGAUGAUCAGCGGCAGGGAGGCGUGAAGGAACACUCACGCCCAGUUAUAAUAAAACUAAAGCUUCAACUUAGUGAACGAGCACCAAACACACCCAAAGGCGUUGGCUGACUAACAUUAUUUUUAAUUUUCGUCACUUUCGAGAUGGGUGAAUUUGAUUAAUUUAACUGUUUUUUUGUUUUACUCUCCAGGCGGGAAUUUGCAAUCAGUUGUGAUUCGGACGUCAUUUUGUUUGUGAGGGCAAGUUGAAGUUUCACAAACAGGGCCAUAAAAGCAAUUUUUCAACAGUUAUCAAGGUUUUGUACGUGUUGGUCUGCACUUUAAAACAUUGUUGAUGGAACACUCCUGGAAAUUCCCCCUGCACAGCCCUAGCUGAGACACAGAGGGGCUUUUUUCACACAGGACAACCCAAAAUCUACAGCAUCACCUGUCUGUCCUUCAUACUACCUACAGCACACACCCAUGGAUCCCCAAGAAGAUCUCAUAGACCGGGACAUCCCUCUGACUGUACUGCUCCCAGGAGGACAGGAGACCACAGCCACAGUGCAUGGCAGUAAACCUGUUAUGGAUGUUCUGGUGGCGUUGUGUGCUCAACACCACCUCGUUCCAUCGGAUCAUGUCAUCAAGCUUUUCUCCACAAAUCAAAACUACAUCAAUUUCAAACCCAACUCCAUGAUUGGCUCUCUUGAGUUUGAAAGAGUUGUCCUGCAAUCCAAAGAAAGUGAUGCUAACAAGAAAAAACCUCAUAUUCCUGUGGCAACAGUUCGUCUUCUGAUAAACUACAAGAUGUCCUUUAAGGCAGUAGCACGGGUCAAUCCUUCAGUGCCGCUGAUUGAGUUAAUGCCCACCGUGUGUGAGAAGUGCGAGUUCAACCCUGAUGCCACAGUCUUACUAAAGACAUACAAAUCAGAGGAAACCCUGGAUCUCACCAAAACACUGAAUGACUAUGGAAUCAGGGAGCUGUAUGCCAAGGAAAUGAAAGUGGAACCAGCGACUCCUCCUGUUGAUCCUGUAUCAACUCAUAAAGGUGGUGUCAAAGAAAAGAGCAUCAGAGAGAAGGAAAACAAAGGUUUCUUUGGUUUAUUCAAGAAGAGCAAGAAAACACAUGAGCAGGCUGUGACUGACUGUGCUUCAACAUCUCUUGAACUGAACGGCCAAUGUUCGGUCAGGGUGAAUGGUCAUAACGGCUGCUCGACCUUACCAAUGGUCCCUGCCGACAUGGCAAAGAAGAGACCCGCACCAAAGCCUCCUAUGACGGCGUCCCAGAGUGUCGCCUGUGGACUUCACACCAGAGACUUUUCUGACCUAUCAGAAAGUGACCCUGCUGGAAAACAGGAUCUGCUCAGUCCCAUUUCUUCCACUGAGUCCACCCUUAAAAGGACUAAACGGAGAGCUCCGCCCCCACCGGGUUAUGGCCCCGCCCCAUCCAAUUCAGAUAACAAAGUAGAUGAAGCUCAAGCGGACAUCAAGCGUUCAGACAAACACAGAGCUCGCAUAGCUGACCAGUGCCCUGCAAUCACUAAAGUUAUGAGCGAACUUGCGCAAUCUCUGAAGACACGGCGACAGAGAAUGCUGUCUUCAGAAAAUUCCCCUAUAUCCCAGAAUCAACCAGCAGAAGAUGCGUCUACGGGUUUGUUUUCGGAGCAUCACACCCCUGAGGCUGAGCUUAAGGCACUUCCUGGCUGUCAGCUGCUGAGGAGCCCCUUUGAGAGCGAGGGUUUGACCACUUUCACCGUGGUUCCCUUGAGACGUCAACAGAGCAGGCGGUGCUUAGAUCUGCCACUGGCAUUACAGUCAUCCGCUGCUACUAAAGACCUGAGUCCUGGAGACCCGGAUGCCAUUGAGACCCACACCACAGAGCUUUUGGAGAAACCCCCAUCUGAACUUUUCAGGGAUGAGGGCAAGGGUUCAGACAAAAGUGAGCCCUUAUCAGGGGUUAUACAUUUACAGCACCUGGAGAAAGAGAAUCAAGCUUGCAAGGACAUUGAGAGUGAGAAUUUGGAGCUGAAAUAUGAUGAGGACCAAUGUAUUCAUGAGAGCUUAGAAUCACUACAAAGGGGACUAAAUAAUCCAGAACAUUUAGAUCAUAAAAUGAAUAAUCUAGAACUAAGAGACCGUUGGGUUUGGCCUUCGACACCAGCUAAUGAACUUUCUGACAGGUCACCAAUCAAUCCAAAUCUUGUUGAGCGAGAGGAGAUGGAAGAACAGGCUUUGGUGGAGACUGAAGAAGAGACGGACUGGGUAGAGCAGUACAAAGAGAGGAGAAGGAAGUUUCUAGAUGGUGAUAAUGAUGGAAUGAAACUAUUUGAUGUUUGGGGAAGGAUUCAAAGAGGAUGCACUAACUUGCAAGAAGAGAACACCAUGCAAGAAAUGGGUUUUCCCUCACCACCGCCACCUGUCUACUGGGAUGAGAAGAGCGGCGACUACAAAGAGGAGCCCGAAAUACAGUCCUGUGACGACCAAUGGUCAAACUUUGAUCUAAGUGCUAACUCAAAGCCCGAAUAUGUGCCUUACCAGAUCUACCCCGAACCAAGAGCCCACUCUACACAAACUAACCCUAAUGCGGACACCCCUGGUGCUGAAAACAAUUGCAACUUUACUCCAGAACCUCAUAAAUCCUUGAAAUCACAUUCAAGCUUUGACCCUUGCUCUCCAGCAGUGUCGCUUUUUGCCUUGGCUGUAUUUCAGAAGGCUAAUCGUUCCAAACUAGGGCUGGAUCCCACCUGCUCCUGAAGACGGGAGCUGUCCACGCAGACACAAUAAUUUAUUGUCAUUCUGAAUAUGGGAGUGUUCAUUUGGCUUAAAUGAGGAAGAGGUUUUCAUCAUCAGAAUGAAGAGCAGGACACAGUCCUGAUAUUUAAACUCCUCAUUUAUCUUAUCUGAUUAUUUGAUUCUAUGUUUCAAUCAUUAUGGAUAUUUUGGUUGGAUGAGGAAAAACUGUUUGAACACUUAAUCUGAGUUUUCCUGUUCUGUCAACUGAUUUUCACAUGUCCUGAGAAUGCUUUCAGAAAGGGUGAUAUUCAUAUGUAUA